CGGCCUCCAUCAGCAGUGACCUCCAACCGUAGCCUCCAUCCAUCAGCGACGGCGUCCACCGGCAUCGGCCUCCAUCUCCAGCGGCCUCCGUCGGGGCGGCCUCCACCAUCAGUGACCUCCGUCGGUAGUGACCUCCGUCAGCGCGCCGUCCGGCCGGGGGCCGCAAACCAUCAGGCCCUCCCGCGCCUCCGCCCUGGCUCCCGUCUCCCCCGGGCAGCGGGCAUCGCCCAAACCACCCAGGGAGAGGCCGUCCUUCCGUCUGUCUGUCCGGCCUCCUUCCCCGUAGACGCUCCCCAAAUCCCGGGCGCGGCCCCCGAAACCCGCCAGACGGGUUCCCGGAGGCCGAGGCCUUCUCUCCGGUUGACCGCUUCCCGUCGGAGGGACUUCCCGGAAGACCCGCCGAGGCCGAGCCGCUCCGGGAUGGUCCCAUCCCCGACCCCCGAUCCCGGGAUCGGGCCGGAGUCCGCCUCGCCCCGUCCUCCUCGCUGCCCCGGGCCCACAGACGGUUCAGGCCUCCUCCGGAGGCCAGGCCGGAGACCCCGCCGUGAACUCCGGGAGCCCCCUCCGACUCUCCCACGCUGAACGCCAAAUAAAACCUCUGGCCGCUGGCGAUGCCAAACUCUGCCCCGGCUC